AAGGGAGACCGAGAUCAACUCUUGAAACUACCCCUGAAGCAAGAAGAGCUCAAGAAACAGAUGGACGCUGUCCUUUCCAGGACCAAAAAGCCAGUCUGGGACAUUCUCAUUUCACUCACGCCCAAAAAUCAAGCCAAAAUCAGCUAUGCUAUCGACAACGCCAAACAGGAGGACAAGCUGGAGCGUAUACUUGCUGCCAUUGAAUUAGCCGAGAACUUGGAGCCGUCAGAUCUGGAAUACAUUCUUAUUUUCCUGACUACCGAAACCCAGGACGUUCGAGGUCGUAACAAAGGCCUUGAUUCGAAUUCGCCAACAUACACUCGAAUGGCUCGGCGGCAUCUUUCUAUCGAGACCUGAAAUCGUUACAUGCUACCUUAUGAAAUUGAUCAAGAUCCAGAUUACGUUCUCAUCAAACGAUGGGUGCUAGAAUACGAGCAGGACUUCCUUUGGAAUCACACUCGCCAAAUUCGGGAAUAUCGAAGAUCAGAUCUCAUUCGUCCUAUGGAAUCCCGCCCGGGGAUCUUGAGCCAUCGUCAACGUCAUUAUGACGAACCUCAAGUAGUCAUCGAGAGGAGAAAGAAACACCCGAGGCACAGUUCACCUAGUCCUCUCCUCGCAUGGGUUGCGGGUACUUCGAAGCACUCGAAGAAGAAGAGCCAUCAUCUUGAAGACGGUCUCAGAGUUCCUGGCCCGCCCCGACAAGGCGCAGAAGAUAUCAUUGAGCCCAAUGAAGCCGUUAAAGCUGAGAAGGUGGAUGAUCUGCUGGCGAAAUGGACCACGACAGUGGUAGACGAAAAUCAACAGACCAAGAAAGCGGACGAAACCAAAGCUGACGACGCGGGGGAAGAGAAAUUGGGAGAAGAAUUCUUGCGUAGCACCAGGCUGGAUGAUUACUACUCGGAUGACGAGGAUACCGAGUCGGACUUCGUUACGUCGAGUUCUGUUUUGUCAUCGCGGAACCGAUCGUGGUUUAGAGGUGGAUGGAGGAGAUUCUUGCCUUCUAUGCACUUUCGACGUAAGUGGAAAAAAGCACGAAGGGGGAGUAUAAGUAGCGAUUCAAGUAUAAGUUUGGUUGAUGACUAGGUUCAUCAAAGUACAUGGGACAAUAAAGUGGGCUAAGUUCUGAGUGCGACUAGGAAUUUGAGGGAUAAAGCGGUGUAAGAA